AUGUCUACCAAAUUUAGAAUGACUUUUCUUAUGAUGUUUCUACAUCUUUUGUUCUCAACAACCCUAAUUCAUUCAGAUCAAAAUAUGGUGCCUCUCAAAACCUUCAAGAUAAGUGAAAAGGUAAUAUAUGAUUGCAUUGACAUAUAUAAACAACCAGGACUUGAUCAUCCCUUGCUCAAAGAUCAUACAAUCCAGAUGAAACCAUCGGUUUCAAGACUUGAAUUAAAGAAUCAAACUCUCAAUAACAAAACAUAUAAGACGAAAAUGAGAUGUCCAGAUGGAACUGUUCCUAUAUUGAAAACUUCAAAAGAAUACAUCAACAACACACAACUUUUCACUGAGAAAUAUUUCCAUCCACUAUCAGGUGAUAGUCCUGGAACACAUAUUGCUGGAAUUAGAUCACGUGAAGAUAUAUAUCGUGGUGUAGAAGCUUGGUUUAGUUUACAUAACCUAAAGGUCGAAAGAGAUCAAGCCUCAUAUAGUCAAAUAUAUAUAGGCAGCGGAUCGAAUAACCAAGUCAAUUUUAUCCAAGCGGGUUGGAUGAUAAACCCAAGCCUAGUUGGCGACACAAAACAUUGGUCAUACGGAUAUUGGAAGGGUAAAGAUGGAAAAGAAUGUUACAAUACGGCAUGUCCUGGGUUUGUUCAAAUAUCACGGGAGGUACCUAUAGCACAACCCUUGGACCAACCAUGGGAAGUUUUAUUGCAUUACUCUAUCCAUCAGGAUAAACAAUCAGGAAACUGGUGGCUUACAAAAUUGAUACCAAAAGUACCUAACAUUAAUAUCGGAUAUUGGCCAAAAGAGUUAUUUAACCUUAUGGAUAAUGGUGCAAAUAUGGUUAGAGUUGGAGGUGUAGUUCAAGCUUCUCGCAAGGGUUUAAGCCCUCCAAUGGGUAAUAGUUUAUUUCCAAAUAAAGAUAGUAGGGAGUCAGCACAUUUUACAAACAUCAAAGUCAUGGAUAUCAACUAUGAACAACGUGGAAUCGAUUUUUUCUCUACACAGAAGUUGUUAGAUAGUCCAAAAUGUUAUGGGUUAAGAACUGGUAAUGUAAAACUACUUGAUUUCUUUAUCAAUUAUGGUGGUCCAGGAGGAAACUCUUGUGGAGUUUAA